AUGGCCAUCAUCAAAUGCCGACUCCUGCUGGCUGAAGCGAAAGCCGCACUCGUUGCUUCAGAUCCUCCUCCCGCUAAGCUCACCGCAGAAGAACGCAACGAUGAAGCACACAGCUGCAAAUGGGAUGCCGGAUGCGGCGAGAAAAAUCGAUUGAUUGACGAGCGCAAUGAAAAGACUGACUGCUUGUUCCUUGAUGUCAUUCGGGCGAUCGAUCGGCCUCAUGAUUCAGCGACCAUCUCAGACGUUCUUGAGGUUUUGAAAGCUUCCCAGGCCCCUGUCACGGGGUGGUCAACUUAUAUUCCCGAACAGAUAAAGACGUGGACGAAGCAGAGCACGCCAAUACGGAGGGCUACACGCACCCAUGCCAAGACCCACUCAACAACAGGACAAGUGCGAGACAACGAAGGCGCGACAUCCAAAGGUCAUCAGUCUUUGACUUCGACACCACUUCCAACGGUGCGGCAACUCUAUACGAGUGCAGAAGUCGAGCAGACCGAGUCCGCAGAGCUGGCCGAGGGAUGCAAACCAGCGUUGAGCAGUGAGCGUGCGACUCGAAGGACGACCACUUGGGAGAGACUGGCCGGCUGGGAUGUCACUCUGACGUGGUAA